GUGAGCGUUUCCUUCUGGACGAGGCGAAAAAUAAAGUUGCGAUAAAAAAAUUGUAUAAACUGUUUAAUAAAACACGUUUUCUGAUAACAAAUGCAUGGGAAGAGGCGUCGUGGGUGCUGAGAUCAAGCAGGACGGGUCAGGCACGGAGUACGACUAAAGGAUCGGUCCAGAGGAUCACUGAAGAGUUUCGUUAAAACUACAAGUUUAGAGAUCUAAAAAUCUCAGGAUCAGCAGGUUCUGUCAGCGUGUGUCACGUUUUCUGACGUCUCCCCACACAUGCAAAUGGCGUGUUGUCUAAAGGACGAGCUCCUGUGUUCCAUCUGCCUGAGCAUUUAUCAAGACCCGGUGAGUUUCGGGUGCGAGCACUACUUCUGCCGUAAGUGCAUCACGGAGCACUGGAGCAGGCAGGAGCACCACGGCACGCGCGACUGCCCCGAGUGCAGGAGGACCUUCACCGACCCGCUGCUCUCACCAAGCCUCAAGCUCUCCAACAUUGUGGAGAGGUAUUCGGCCUUCCCGCUCGAUGCCAUCCUCAACGCCCAGAGGAACACUUACCCGUGCAAGGACCACGAGAAGGUCAAGCUGUUCUGCCUCAGCGACAAGAGCCUAGUGUGCUUCUUUUGUGACGAGCCGGCUUUACACGAGCAGCACCAGGUCACCACCAUUGAUGAGGCUUAUGAGGAAAUACAGAGGGAGAUGAAAGAACAGCUGACAGCUCUGCAGGACAGUGAGAGAGGACACACGGAGGCUUUACAGCUGCUGCAGCGGCAGCUCACCGAGACCAAGUCCUCAGCUAAGAGCCUGCGAGCUACAAUCGGUGAGGCGUUCGAGCGUCUACACCGCUUCCUGCGCGAGAGACAGAAGAGCAUGCUGGAGGAAUUGGAGUCCGACACAGCUCGCACCUUGUCUGACAUCGAGCACAAGAUCCAGCGCUACAGCCAGCAGCUCCGUGACGUCAAGGAGGGCAUCCAGAUCCUGCAGGAGAAGCUGAGCGAAACCGGACGCCAUGAGUUCCUGGAAGGGGUGGCGCUCACAUCCGAAAGAAUAAAAGGCAAAAUACACGAAACCAACCUAACCUAUGAAGACUUUCCGACAUCUAAAUACAUGGGUCCGUUACAGUACACAAUCUGGAAGUCUCUGUUUCAGGAUAUCUCUCCAGUGCCUGCCGCCUUGACCCUGGACCCGCUGACAGCGCACCAGAGGCUGAUUCUUUCCGAUGACUGUACUAUAGUGGCAUACGGGAACCUGCACCCUCAGCCUCUGCAGGACUCGCCGCGCCGGUUCGACGUGGAGGUGUCCGUGCUGGGGGCCGAGGGCUUCUGCUCGGGGGUGCACUACUGGGAGGUAAUGGUUUCGGAGAAGACCCAGUGGAUGAUCGGCGUGGCGAACGAGACGGUCAGCCGCAAGGGCAGCAUCCAGAUCAGCCCGAGCCGCGGCUUCUACUGCAUCGUCAUGCACGACGGCAACCAGUACAGCGCCUGCACCGAGCCCUGGACCCGCCUUAAUGUCAAAAGCAAGCUGGAGAAAGUGGGUGUGUAUCUGGACUGUCCCAAAGGCCUGCUGGUCUUCUACAACGCCGACGACAUGUCCUGGCUCUACACAUACAGAGAGAAGUUCUCCGCUAAGCUGUUCCCGUACUUCAGCCCCGGGCAGAGUCACGCCAACGGCAAGAACGUGCAGCCAUUACGGAUCAACACCGUCCGACUAUAGGCUGCGACA